AUGGAGCCCUGGAAGCAAUGCGCGCAGUGGCUCAUCCACUGCAAGGUGCUGCCGGCCAACCACCGGGUGACCUGGGACUCGGCGCAGGUGUUCGACCUGGCGCAGACCCUCCGCGAUGGAGUCCUGCUCUGCCAGCUGCUCAACAACCUGCGGGCGCACUCCAUCAACCUCAAGGAGAUCAACCUGAGGCCGCAGAUGUCCCAGUUUCUCUGUCUGAAGAACAUAAGGACGUUCCUCACGGCUUGUUGCGAGACAUUUGGAAUGAGGAAAAGCGAACUCUUUGAAGCAUUUGACCUGUUUGAUGUUCGUGAUUUUGGAAAGGUCAUAGAAACAUUAUCCCGACUGUCUCGCACACCUAUAGCGUUGGCCACAGGAAUCAGGCCUUUCCCAACAGAAGAAAGCAUUAAUGAUGAAGACAUCUACAAAGGCCUUCCAGACUUAAUAGAUGAAACUCGUGUGGAAGAUGAGGAAGAUCUUUAUGACUGUGUAUAUGGGGAAGAUGAAGGAGGAGAAGUCUAUGAGGACCUAAUGAAAGCAGAGGAAGCACAUCAACCCAAAUGCCCAGAAAAUGAUAUACGAAGUUGUUGCUUAGCAGAAAUUAAGCAGACGGAAGAAAAAUAUGCAGAAACUUUGGAGUCAAUAGAAAAAUAUUUCAUGGCACCACUAAAAAGAUUUCUGACCACAGCAGAAUUUGAUUCCGUAUUCAUCAACAUUCCUGAACUUGUAAAAGUUCAUCGGAACUUAAUGCAAGAGAUUCAUGAUUCCAUUGUAAAUAAAAAUGACCAGAACUUGUAUCAAGUUUUCAUUAACUACAAAGAAAGGUUGGUUAUUUAUGGGCAAUACUGCAGCGGAGUGGAGUCUGCCAUCUCUAGUUUAGACCACAUUUCUAAGACAAAAGAAGAUGUCAAACUGAAAUUGGAGGAAUGUUCCAAAAGAGCAAAUAAUGGGAAAUUCACUCUUCGGGAUUUGCUUGUGGUUCCUAUGCAACGUGUUUUAAAGUAUCACCUUCUUCUCCAGGAACUGGUCAAACACACCCCUGACCCUGUGGAGAAGGCAAAUUUGAAACUGGCUCUUGAUGCGAUGAAGGACUUGGCACAGUAUGUGAAUGAAGUGAAAAGAGAUAAUGAGACGCUUCGUGAAAUUAAGCAGUUUCAGCUGUCUAUAGAAAAUCUGAACCAACCAGUUUUGCUUUUUGGACGACCUCAGGGAGAUGGUGAAAUUCGGAUAACCACUCUGGACAAGCAUACAAAACAAGAAAGGCAUAUCUUCUUGUUUGAUUUGGCAGUGAUUGUAUGUAAAAGGAAAGGUGAUAACUAUGAAAUGAAGGAAAUAAUAGAUCUUCAGCAGUACAAGAUAGCCAACAAUCCUACAACUGAUAAAGAAAAUAAAAAGUGGUCUUAUGGCUUCUACCUCAUCCAUACCCAAGGACAAAAUGGGUUGGAAUUUUAUUGCAAAACAAAAGAUUUAAAGAAAAAAUGGCUGGAACAGUUUGAAAUGGCUUUAUCUAACAUAAGGCCGGACCAUGCGGACUCCAAUUUCCAUGACUUCAAGAUGCACACCUUUACUCGGGUGACAUCCUGCAAAGUCUGCCAGAUGCUCUUGAGAGGAACAUUUUACCAAGGCUAUUUGUGUUUUAAGUGUGGAGCAAGAGCACACAAAGAAUGUUUGGGACGAGUGGACAACUGUGGCAGGGUUAACUGUGGUGAACAAGGGACGCUCAAACCACCAGAGAAACGGACCAAUGGACUCCGGAGAACUUCCAGACAGGUGGACCCAGGUUUACCGAAGAUGCAAGUCAUUAGGAACUAUAUGGGAACACCACCCCCCGGCCUUCAUGAAGGACCCCCCUUACAUAUUCAGGCAGGGGAUACUGUUGAACUUCUCAGAGGAGAUGCACACAGUCUGUUUUGGCAGGGUAGAAAUUUAGCAUCUGGAGAAGUUGGAUUUUUCCCAAGUGAUGCUGUGAAGCCCUCCCCUUGUGUGCCCAAACCAGUAGAUUAUUCUUGCCAACCCUGGUAUGCUGGAGCAAUGGAAAGAUUGCAAGCAGAGACUGAACUUAUUAAUAGGGUAAAUAGUACUUACCUUGUGAGGCACAGGACCAAAGAGUCAGGAGAAUAUGCAAUUAGCAUUAAGUACAAUAAUGAAGCAAAGCACAUCAAGAUUUUAACAAGAGAUGGCUUUUUCCAUAUUGCAGAAAACAGAAAAUUUAAAAGCUUAAUGGAACUUGUGGAGUAUUACAAACACCAUUCUCUUAAGGAAGGGUUCAGAACCUUAGAUACGACACUACAGUUCCCAUACAAGGAGCCAGAACAUUCAGCUGGACAGAGGGGUAAUAGAGCAGGCAACAGCUUGUUGAGUCCAAAGGUGCUAGGCAUUGCCAUUGCUCGAUAUGACUUCUGCGCACGAGACAUGCGAGAACUGUCUCUGUUGAAAGGAGACGUGGUGAAGAUUUACACAAAGAUGAGUGCAAAUGGCUGGUGGAGAGGAGAAGUCAAUGGCCGGGUGGGCUGGUUUCCAUCCACCUAUGUGGAAGAGGAUGAAUAAAUUUCUAUCCAGCUUUGCACUCUGCACCAAAAAUGUCAGAGAAGGGAUAAAUAGAAGCCUGCACAACAUUAGGAAUUAACUGAAGUGUUUAAAAAGCUGCAUAUCUGGCGGUUCAACAUGCGCACUCCUUUACCCCUCCUAAGUCUUAAUGCUGGGAUUUCUAAAGAUGCUAGCACUGACAGAUUAAUGGCUUGCCCAGAGCUGUGCAAGAAACAGGCUGCCGGUCUGUCAUUGUCAGGGACCAGGGCAAAGCCAAAAGCUUUUCCUCUCUAAAGAGCCCUGCACACACAUUGCUUGGGGUUUCUCUUACUUUCAUCUGGUCAGACACCAUGAAUGCCCGCCAUUAGUAAAUGUUUCAUGCCUGUUCACUUUAUUCUCAUGUGCCAUACUCAAGACUUUUUGAUGGUACCAGGAAGCAGAAGUUUAAUUUUGCUCUUCCUAGCAUGAAAAAAAUUAGAGUUCUGCCAUUUGAGUAGCUUACUGGAAAGAUCCAGCAGUACUUGUCUUAAAUUGUCCAACACAUGACUCAUUGCGCAGAAAACACUCUUACCCUGAUAUGACUCAUGAUAAAAUAUAAGAGGCAGAUGCUCAGGUGUGCAAUGCAAGUGAUAUAUUCCAGAAGAGAUUUAAUUAUCCAUUUGAUGUCCUAAUUAUAUUUUCAAACUUCUUUAUAAAGGGGAGGAAAAAAGCACAUAAAAAAGAGUGUCUCCAUAUUAAAUCUUCACAACCUUCGUGAUUUCAUCAGAUCAUUUUGGAAAUGUAGUACUUGACUUCAUGCAAUGAUGUGGUCUUGGGUGUGCUAUGGAGAGUUGCCAGUAACCCAAGUCAGGUGGGAUUGUUUACAGAAGCAGAUCAAGGGCUGUCAUUUACAGUAAGUCAAUUUGAUAGCAGCAGUAUCUAUUACCAUGCUGUUUCCAUGUACCCAGAGAGAUUGGAGACAUAACUGCUGAUUCCCCAUUUUCUUGGGGGUAUCUACAGUAGCACCAACAACAUUGCUGAGGAUUUUGGAUGGAAAGCACAGAUGAGUCCUGUAUGCAUUUCUGGGGUGGAGGGAGGCUCACUGGGCUCCUGUGGCUUCCCACUUCUGUCAGUCUUCCCACCUGUAGGCCUUUCUGGGCCUGUCUCAGUGCUGGGAAGACCCAUUUGCAGGCCCCUUAUUCUACCAAGCCCUCAUUUUUAUGGGAGGAUUUUAAGAACAUUCUUCUUGGGAUCACAGAAUCCCUGUUCGAGGCAGCCAAGUGAGAACACUAACUUGGCCCUUUCUCGAUGAAAUAUUUCCUCCAUAACAGAAGUCAUGUUAUGAAAAGACUCAUAGCAUAUUUCAUAUUUAGAGAAAAACAAUUAGAAAGCAUUAACUUCACAGAGCCAAACCAGGAACAUUUCACUUUUGAAAUUCUGGGUCAUCUCUGAAAUGAGGUGGGUUUGCCCUACCUUCUCCCCUGCCCACUUGGGUGCCAGUCCUUGAGGCCUAAUGGACACAUCCCCUUGUAGACGCUCAUGGGCUCGGACUUCUCAUCUAGGAUAGAUCCAAGACCUUUACCUCAGAUUGAUGUAAACUGUGAUUGUGUCUUAGAAAAAAAAUAUUUGUUAAAAGCAGUUAAGUUUUUGUAUAUGUGUAAAUGUUCACCAAAUGUAUUUUAUAAACUAUUCUGUACAGGAAAGUUACACUGUCCAAGUGUACUCUUGCAGUAGAUUCUUUCCUAUGAAGUCUUAUCGGCGACUCUGUGUCUUGGGAAUGUUUUGUCUGUUACCGUCAGCUACAUGUUGUGACGGAGAGCGCUGCUUCUCACUCCUGUGUACAGCAUUGCAGCAUGGAUUGUGCAUUUUAGUGACUAGACUCCCUGUCCCUUUACAGAUGGUGUUCGCUCUUUAUCAUUGCAUUUCAUUGGCCUGGGGGUUUCGUAGCAGAAGAUAUUAGAGACCCUUUUUGUGACAUUAUUGAUUACAUCUUUGUCUACAUUUUAAUACUUCAUAUUGGAAACUUUAAAUGCUGCAGAUUUGUGUAGAUUUCUAAUACCAAAGACAGAAGUAAAGGUUUCCCAUGUACUUUGUCUUGCCUGUAUUCAGCCCUGUGUAAUACGGUGAACUGGAGUGGUAUCUUACUUUGUAAUAUUUUGUAAAUAUGUCAAUACAAUAAGUAAUUACUACUUGCAUUAAAUUGAUUUCUCCA